AUGUUGAGCUGCAAGGUGCCGAGGCAGCUUAUGAGACGGAAUCUUUUGAAAAAUAUUGGUAUUGGUUCAAAUUUUUCGAGAUCGAUUCAAAAUCCAGUAUUCUUGAGAUACUACUCCAAGAAAUCACCAUUUCCAUUAAAUCCUAAGGAACUACAAGAAAAGAAGAACUUAGAGAAACUUCCUAAAUGGCGUCAAUGGGGUAUUUAUUUCCAAUCCAAAGAAUUUAAAAAAGGCAUGACUGUAUACUAUGUUUCUGCGUUCGUGAUAUUUUUGGCUUGUUUUUACUACUACAUGCGAGAUAGAUAUUAUGAGGACAUACAAAUGAAGCAUAUAAGAAAAAAAUAUACUGAAGAUGCAUCAAGUUUAUCUGAGUAUGAGUACUUAAAGUUGAAAGCACUUAGUAACGAUAAGUUGAAACCAAGAGAAGAAAAAAAAUUCCGUAUUUAUCAAAUGAUGAGAAAGGAAUACAGAAGGAAAAAUUUAUUCAACAAGGAUUCGAUGUUUGAACCAACCCCUGAAGAAUUAGAAGAAUGGUAUAGUAAACAAGCUAGAAAGGGAGUAAAAAAGAUUCCAACUAUUGAAAAAGAGGGUGAAAACGAAAAUGAACCUUCAGAGCCAUACAAGAAUUUUAGUAACCCAAAUAUUGUUCCUCCUCAGAAUACUACAGAAUUUUUUGAACAAAUUGCCAAAGUAUAUGAUGACCAAAUCAAGUGGGAAGAGAGAGGUAUGUUUUUAGGUAUGCGUCGUAGAUGGUUAAUGAGACAGUUAACAGGUGAUGUGUUAGAAGUCGCCUGUGGAACUGGUAGAAAUAUACCAUAUUUGUACCCUGAAAAUAUUGAUUCUAUCACAUUUUUAGACUCUUCUCAAGAAAUGGUGAAUAUAACCCAGAAAAAGUUUAGAAAGAGCUACCCAAAAUAUCAAAAAGCAGCAUUCACAGUCGGCAAAGCUGAAGACUUAGUGGAACUUGCAGGUGGAGAUAAUCCCGUUCAAUACGAUACAAUCAUAGAAGCAUUUGGAUUAUGUGCCCAUGAGGACCCAGUUAAAGCAUUGCAGAACAUGUCCAAAUUAUUAAGGCCAGGAGGGAGAAUAGUUUUGCUCGAACAUGGCAGAAGUAAUUGGGAUUUCAUUAAUAAUCAUCUAGAUUUUAGAUCUGAUAAGAGAAUGAAAACAUGGGCCUGUAGAUGGAAUUUGGAUAUCGGUGAGUUAAUUGAUGAUGCCGGUUUGGACAUCACUUACGAGAAGAGGGUUCAUUUAGGAUCCACUUGGUUACUAGUUUGUAAAAGACCAGAAGAUCCGAUCAAAAUUGAAGAAAAACCAUUUUUGAAUAAAUUAUUUGGUACCGAAGUAACUCCAAUCAAAAAGAAAUAG